UGGUUUUACAUGAGCUGGGCAUGUGAAUGUUGAAUGUUUUUUUGUUAAACUUCACGUGAUCUGAUCAGGACGGCACGAUCAUAGACCUUGCAUUUCUGGACUUUUAUUUUGAAACCGACCAGCUAGUCUGCCCCGGAAGCUGUAUUGUUAGUGGUGGAUGCUAAACUCUCUCUAGUGCAGCAUCUAGUUGUAUUUAAUGGAGAGAAAGCUGCAUUUUGUCGGAGUUUGUGUGCAGAGAAGGUUUCUGUUAUUGUGUGAAAAUGUCUAAAACUGAAGUGUUGAGAUCGCUGGUGAAGCAGCGACUAACUGCGGCUGCUGAAGAGAUAUUUGGGCUGUUUGAAACGACGAUAGCAGAGUACGAGGAGGAACUUUGUCGUUCAAAAGAGGAAAACGAGAGAAAACAGAAACUCCUGGACGCUGUUUUAAACCCUGAGCUUCGAUUAAACAGAGCAGACGUCCAACAGGUGUUGGUUAAAGAAGAUGAAGAUCCCCCUGAAGAGCAGGAGCUGGGCUUCAUUCUGGACCAAGAGGGCCAGGAGGAGAUCCGAAAUAUUAAAGAGGAGAAAGAGGAAGUCUGGACCAGUCAGGAGGGAGAGCAGCUUCAAGGUCUGGAGGAGGCUGAUAGCAUCAAGUUCCCGUUCAGUCCUGUCUCUGUGAAGAGUGAAGAUGAUGAAGAUAAACCUCAGCCCUCACAGGUUUAUCAAGGACAAACCGAACAGAUAGAAAAUGAAGCUGAUGGAGAUGACUGGGGAGGACCAGAGGAGGACAUGUACUCAGAUCCAGAUCCGGAUAAUAAUACUGAAGAUGCUUCUGAAUCUGAGACUGAUGACAGUGAGGAUUUGAAGGAGCCCAGAGAACCUCAGUCAGCUUUAAACUCUUUGAGGAAUGAGAAAAAAAACAGAUGUAGUGCUGGUGAGAAAGAGUUUAGCUGCUCUGAGUGUGGGAGAGGAUUCAGGGACAGGAGAAAUCUUCAUAGACACAUGAAAUAUCAUCGAGGAGAGAAACCAUUCAGCUGCUCACUAUGUCAGAAGUCUUUCACACAGAGUGGAUGUUUACAGAGACACAUGAGAAGCCACACAGGAGAGAAACCUUUCAGCUGCUUCUUUUGUGAUAAAAGAUAUUUUCGCAAGGACGAUCUGAUGUCACACAUGGGCACUCACACAGGAGAGAAACCUUUCAGCUGCUUGGUUUGUGGUAAGAAGUUUGUCCUGAAGGUACAACUGAAACGACACGCGACAACUCACACAAGAGAGAAAUCUUUCAGCUGCUCGGUGUGUCAGAAGUCUUUUACACAGAGUGGAAGUUUACAUAGACACAUGGUAAUCCAUACAGGAGAGAGACCGUUCAGCUGCUCAGUUUGUGAUAAGAGAUAUUUUCGCAAGGAGUACCUGAAGGUGCACAUGAGAAGUCAUACAGGAGAGAAAAAUUUCAGCUGCUCAAUUUGUGGUGAAAGAUUUAUACAGAAGAUUCAACUGACACGACAUGAGACGAGUCACACAGGAGAAAAGCCUUACAGCUGCUCCGUCUGUCAGAAAUCUUUUACACAGAAUGGAAGUUUACAGAGACACAUGAUAAUCCACACGGGAGAGAAACCUUUCAGCUGCUCCGUUUGUGAUAGACGUUUCAUCGAAAAGCAAUAUCUGAAAAUGCACAUGAGAACUCAUACAGGAAAGAAACCUUUCCGCUGCUCCGUCUGUAAGAAAUCGUUUGCACAGAAAGGGAUGUUCCGGUUACACAUGAGAAGCCACACAGGAGAAAAACCGUUCAGCUGCUCAGAUUGUGGUGAAAGAUUUACGCAGAGGGCACAACUGACACGACAUGAGACGAAUCACACGGGAGAGAAACCUUUCAGCUGCUCCGUCUGUAAGAAGUCUUUCAGACAGAGUCGGACUUUACAGAGACACAUGAUAAUCCACACAGGAGAGAAACCUCCCAGUCCCUAAUUGUUCUUUUCUCUGUUGUUGUCGACGGGCACGUUCAUGUACAAGCACGAGAAUAUCCAUUACCCAGUCCCACCACACAAAAAGCCAAGGUGUAAUCCAAACUCUUCCUUCAGUCUUAUGCUGCAAGUAGAUUUUUUUUCAGGCUACAUCCACUUUAAGGUUUUCAAUUUUAAGGUUCCAUAUUGUAAAAAGUGAGAUUUCUAUGUCUUUUCUCUUGAUUAUAAGGCAGGUUGACAUACUAUAAAUACUGUGAAAGUAUGAACACAUGCUUGCAGUGAUGCUGAAUGCAGAUAGAUAGAUAGAUAGAUAGAUAGAUAGAUAGAUAGAUAGAU